AUCGCCUAUUUCAUUCAGGCACUCGACACCACCGCCGACGGGGAACCCUAGCAGCAGCCUCAACUCCGAUUUGUUCAGAAUGCCGGUGAAGAGGAGCCGUCCUGAGAACUCUUCUAGCCGUCCGGUUUUGUCUCCGACCUACGCCGUCUGUCCGAUGAAGAUUAUGCGGACGGACGCCGCUGCGGAGCCGUCGCGGCCGAGUAUUUUGGACGUCGCUUCUGUGGUGAGUGUGGGAGGAUGUGAUCAGACGAAAAUUGGGGAGUUUCUGGAGCGGUGCCAUUACUGUAAGAAGCGGAUUGCGCAGAAUUCUGAAGUUUUUAUGUAUAGCAAUCUAUGUGCCUUCUGCUCCCCUGAAUGCCGUGAUUUUCAGAUUUCACUAGAUCACUCUGCGGAGAAACAACCAAAUAUUUCGAAGGGAAAGUGCCCUCCAGGGAAGGGGUUUCACAAUGUGAAGGAUCAGUAGGCUGUUUAAAUUGCAGUGGGAUACAUAUGUAUAGUUCCCCAUACCUAAAUGCCGAAAUAUGUGCAAUGCUGUCAAUUUUUGAGCGAUCAGCUUGCACUUAUGCACAGUAUAGGAAUAUUACCUGUUAAGUAUUGAUAUAAUGUGUAUUUAUAUAGCUGCUUCUCUGUUUAGCAUGUAUUGAAGCAUUAAGGUGGUUCCUACUUUGAUUCAGCUAGGAAUCUGAAGUUGGAUAGAUCCUGUGAUAUUGUGCAUGAAUGGAAUGACGUUCUAGUAUUUUUGUGGUUUGAUU